GUUUUUAGGACCCUCUUUCAAAACUCGACUCCAACCCCAACCCCCUGCGCGCGCGUUCAACAAAAAUGUCAUCGUCGCCAACAUCCUCCUCGUCAAGUGGCGCGCCGUCUGCCGCGUCCAACAACCCGACCACUGUGUUUGUGUUUGGCGCCAGCGGUGAUCUCGCCAAGAAGAAGACCUUCCCUGCGCUGUUUGCGCUCUUCCGCUCCAACCUGCUGCCCACGCACACCCGCAUUGUGGGCUAUGCGCGCUCGGCCAUGACGCCUGCCGAGCUCCGCGAGCGCCUCAGCAAGUUCAUCCGCACUCCGACCGACCAGGACAAGAAGACGCUCGACGAGUUCUUCAAGAUCAUCUCAUACGUGCACGGCCAGUACGACAGCGACGAAGACGUCAUCAAGCUCGCAAAGGCCGCCGCCGAGGUGGAGAAGAAGUGCGCGCAGCCCUCGUCCGAUUGCGCGACCGAUCGCGUCUUUUACCUGGCGCUGCCCCCGUCCGUCUUCAUCCCGAUCUCGCAGCAGAUCAAGCGCCACCUGACGGACAACGCGGGCUACAAGCGCCUCAUUGUCGAAAAGCCGUUUGGCAAGGACUUGGCCUCAUCCACGGAGCUCGCCGACGCCCUCGCUGCCAACUUUGCCGAGAGCGAGAUUUACCGCAUCGACCACUACUUGGGCAAGGAGAUGGUCAAGAACCUUCUCAUUCUGCGCUUUGCCAACGUCUUCUUUGGCGCUGUUUGGAACCGCCAGUUCAUCAACAAUGUUCAAAUCACCUUCAAGGAGCCGUUCGGCGUCGAGGGCCGCGGUGGCUACUUUGACGAGUACGGCAUCAUUCGCGAUGUCAUGCAAAACCAUCUCAUGCAAAUCCUGGCGAUCGUUGCCAUGGACCGCCCCGUCGACUUGAGUGCCGAGGCCAUUCGCGAUGAGAAGGUCAAAGUGCUGAAGAGCAUUCCCCACCUCACCGUGCACGACGUGAUUGUCGGCCAAUACACUCGCAGUGGUGAUGGCAAGGUUGUUGGCUAUCUCGAGCUCGACGACGUGCCGAAGGACUCGAUCACUCCCACCUUUGCGCAAGCAGUUCUCCACAUCAAGAAUGAGCGCUGGGAUGGCGUGCCGUUCAUCCUGAAGUGUGGCAAAGCAAUGCCCGAUCGCAAGGCCGAGAUCCGCAUCCAGUUCCAAGAUGUCGCAGGCAACAUCUUCCCCCACGAUCUUGCCCGCAACGAGCUCGUCAUUCGCGUGCAGCCGGACGAGGCCGUGUACAUUAAGCUCAUGAACAAGAAGCCCGGUCUUUCGACCGAGACCGUCAUCAGCGAGCUCGACCUGAGCUACAAGCAGCGCUACGGUGGCGACUACAUUCCUGAUGCUUACGAGGCGCUCAUUCUCGACGUUCUCCGCGGCGAUCACGCAAACUUUGUUCGCAGCGACGAGCUCGAUGUGGCAUGGCGCAUCUUUACCCCCAUGCUGCAUGAGCUCGAGCGCGCCAAGCACAAGCCCGAGCCGUACGAGUUUGGCAGCCGAGGCCCGUCCAGCGCCGAUGAGCAGCUCAAGCGCCACGGUGGCUUCACCCGUCAUUCCCAGCCCUACACUUGGGUUCCCCCGGCAAAGCAUUAAUACUGAAUGCUGUUGUUUUCCGUUUGUCCCUUCGUUUCGACCUUGUUGUUUUUUUCUUUCGACCUGUUUCUUUUUCAUGGAAACUUGCUUUCACUCCAAGUGUGUGUGUCAUUGUUUCUUGUAGAUCUAAUCGCAAUGACGGGGGGAAUUCACAGUUGCAACAACAAAAUAAACAAAAAUCAAUAUGCCAACAAAA